AUGGAUGAACUUCUUACUGCUGUCAAGACGGUUGAGAAUCGCGAGGAGCUGUCCGUUUCAAAACCACCUCGGACCAGUGUUCCCACAAAAGAAGAGAAGUGCUCGAGUCAUCCAAGUACAAUAAAUUCUCUAGAAGAUGUCCUACACACCCUUAGGUCAUCUCCAGACAAACGCCGUGUUGUUCAAGUCUUAAGCUUUCUUGAUCCCGCUCAAGGGCUCGGGGGUGGUUUCAAUAUAACUGCUCCAACCGCCCAAGCAGCUCAAAUUUUGCACAUUUUGAUCACAACUACCAUUCCUGACCAUUGGGGUUGUCUAGGAGAUGAAGAUUCCCCAGCGCUAGAAGGUGACCACAAACCAAAACCAAAGGCAGCAUUGCUAAGAUGUUUGAGCAGUUUGGCGGGUAUUGGAGCUCUGGUAGCUCAUCUUCGCUCGUUACUUUCCAAACACGACUCCUUGCCAAGUGAAAAACACUCGGGUAACAAGAUAGUUAUUCGAGAUUUAAUAACCGUUUUGUCGUCAGUUUUAAAACCUCCCGACUUGCUGUUCAAGUUGUAUGUGAAUACUUCGAGCAGUGUUGAGCGGCCAGCCCAGAGGCAAAUCAUGUGGAAAGAGCUUAUUUCACUCCUUGCUGCGGGAAAGGUGUUAUCAGUCGCCGCCGAAAGUCUUCUUACUAUUAAAGAUAUCAAGCUGCCUCGUUCGAUUCACUGGAUUGGGGAUGGAAACAUGUAUGCAUCGUGGCUUGGCCGGUGUAUUUCCCGAAUGGCUUCUAAGGUCCAAUCAACAGAUUUGGAUUGUUGGAAUUAUUUGGCCCAGUUCGUGGGUAGAUCGUUGAGUCUUGGAUAUCCCGCCCAGGUUGUCAGCGAAAUAUAUAACACCCUAUUACUUCAAGAGGAUACCUCAUCGAACCGGUUUGGUAUUCUCUUAGAUAGCCUUCGACGUCACGAUCAACUGUUGUUAUUCAAAUCUCUACUUCAUGAUUUGGAAAUAAGAUUUCUUGCUCCUUCUCCUAGUGUGGUGCAGAGUCCACUGGAUGAUUUCAACAAAUCCAAGGCUGUCAGCGGAGUCUCAGCUGUUGUAGCGACAAUAGUUCGUGACCGCGGCUUUCUGAAAUCUCAGUUGAGCGAAUGGCUCGUAACAGGAUCUGAAAUAAAUAUAAAGGGCAUUGAUUUUCGCCGAGCACUUUUGGCAUCGUUUGGGAACCAGCAAGAACCGAUACUGGAGAUACUGAGAAGGGCUCUAGAUAUAUUUGGCGAUCAACUAUAUAUAAAGCACACACCAACACGUGGACAGGAAGCGAAUACCCAGAUCAUCCUUUUGACCGCCGGAUACGCCCAUCGACUAUGUCCACAUCAACUCCGCUCUAUCACGCAGUCGGGAACCUACCUAACAGCGAUAUCCAAUCGACUGGCGGCCUCUUCACCUCGGGCUCGCUACCUUGGAAUGAUAGUCGGCAUUUCAUUAUCAAAGCUAGUUGAUCCCGCAGAUAAGGCAAUGAAAUUCGACCUUGAGCAAAUGGAGAGCGAAGAAGCACUGUGGUAUAUGAACUUGACAAAUGUAAAAGAUGAAGUCGGUUCUAUCAGCGACUUGAAGCAUAAAACCUCUCCAUAUGCUCCAAAGAAAUCAAAACAUCAAGGGCGGAAGGCUCCACAAGUUGAUCAGCCAAAAUCAAGUCAGGCGACAUCGAAAGUUCUUUCUAUUGAAGAAGUGUCUGAGGAGUCAGAUGGUGACUUCUUAUCUUACGAAAAGCCAGAUACGGACGCUUCGGAUUCCGAAGAGGAUCCAACACUGAUCAACCGGUCAAAACCCAACUCUCCAGUAUAUAUACGGGACUUAUUAGCUUGCUUGCAGGAUACAGGUAAUCCAGAACGAUAUAACUUGGGAAUAUCAACUGCACCAACGUUAAUACGUCGCAAAGCGUCAUUUGGCACCGAAGUUGCAGAGAACUCUGAGGCGCUGGCAUUUACUCUUGCGGGUCUACAAGAUAAAUAUAAUUUGCCAAAGUUUCAGGAGUACAAGUUACAGAGCCAAAUUGCAUUACUCGUUGCCUACCCACUUACUAUGGGUCGGUGGUUCGUGCAUACGCUUUUCAACGCCGACUUAUCUCAAAGUCAGCAAUCAACGAUACUUGUCGCGCUUGGUUUGAGUUCCCGCGAACUGGCGGGGUUUGGGAAAGAAGACUCAGAUGCUAUGAGCCUCCCUCCCGCUGCGGACUCUUCGUUCCCGUCAAAGCGUCUACCUUCCAGUCUAGCAAAUACCUACGGUGGCAUGAACAGCCCUAUCGACGCUAUAUCAAAAAAGCUUUCGCAAGCAACCUUAAAGCCUUUAGCGCUCCAUGCUGCGGAGUCGUUGACCGGACCCAAUGCUCUCAAGGUCCGAACAUUCUCAUCCCGUAUGGAAGUGGAGAAAAGGAAACAACAGAGAGAGCAGCAGAGACGGCAGAAAGCGAUUCCUAAAGACCUUCACAGAAUUCUUUCCGAUGGCUUCUUUUUUCCCCUUACUAAUGCUUUUGGAGUCGCUACAUACUUGACCUCGUCCAAUAACGUUCACAACCCAUUCUUGAUCCCGCAACUUCUCCAGCUCUUUGUCCAAACGGUUACCCUCAUUCUCUCGACUCUGGGCCCAAACUCUCCCAAUCUAGCCGCGCUUACGCACGAAGCUCUUGCGCUACUUAUAACUCUACACAACCUACCAGUCGCCACCGAGCCUACAGUGCUCCGCGCAAUUCUCUCUCUGUUCCUCGCGGUCGUGGAUUUAAAUAUAUCAUCUGGCAGUGUCGGUGAGGAGAGACUUGUUACUGAAUUUGUAACGCAGGUGAUGGAAAUGCGUGAAUGGGCUGAUAGCAUAUUUGAGCGCUCGUCGAAAGAAGAGGAGGAAGUGAGGAUGCUCUGUGCUGGUAUAAUGGUCAAACUUGGAGAGGUUAUGGAGCGAUACCAAGGCCGAUUAUUGGGAACGAAUCUUGGGUUUGGAUAUUAA